UCCUUCCAUCAACAGCCGCCAUUUCAUUUCUCUCUUCCAUUUUUUCUUUGAUCAGAGCUUUCAGUAGCAGGGUUUGAUCAAUAGGUCAAGCGCAAUGUCGUUUAUGCAACAGUUUAGGGUUAAGCAGAGCGUGGUCAAGCGCUCGAAGAAAUACCUCGAAGAAGCUCUUUACCGCCGCCUCUUUAAGGAUGGUGGAUCCAAGGUUUCCGUCCGUUACCAGCUUCAUAAGUUCCUCAAGACUAGGAAAAGGGUCUAUAAAUGGGAGGUCGGCCACACCAUCAAGAUCCUCCGCCAACGCCGCCGUUUCUUCCCCGCCCUAAGGCUUUCGCAAACUAUGGAGAAGAGGGGGAUGAACAAGACAGUCAGCGAUCAAGCUAUGCAUCUAGAUAUUGUUGCCAAAUCAUUAGGAAUCGAUGCCGCAGAAGAUUAUUUUAUUGGCCUGCCAGAAGCAUCAAAAAAUCAUCUGACAUACGGUGCUCUUUUGAAUUGUUACUGCAAGGAAUUAAUGUCUGAAAAGGCAGAGGAUUUAUUUAAAAAGAUGAAAGAACUGGAAUUCAGUUUGAACGCCAUGCCUUAUAACAGCAUGAUGACCCUCUACACAAAAACAGGUCAGCUUCAAAAGAUCCUAUCUAUGAUCGAAGAAAUGAAAGCCAAUGACAUAACGCCCGAUAUAUUUACUUACAACGUCUGGAUGAGAGGUCUUGCUGCCGAUAAUGAUAUAUCUGGCGUUGAGAGGGUAAUUGAUGAGAUGAAGAGAGACAAUAGGGUGGAGGCUGAUUGGACAACUUAUAGCAAUUUAGCGUCGAUCUAUAUAAAUGCUGAUUUGUUUGAGAAAGGAGAGAAAGCUCUCAAGGAGCUGGAGAAGAAAAAUGCACGUCGCGACCUUUCUGCUUACCAGUUUCUGAUCACACUGUACGGUCGAACUGGUAAUUUGCUAGAAGUUUAUAGGGUUUGGCGAUCAUUGAGGCUGGCUUUUCCGAAAACUGCAAACAUUAGUUAUCUGAACAUGAUUAAGGUGUUGGUUAACCUUAAAGAUCUUCCAGGUGCGGAAAAAUGUUUCAGGGAAUGGGAGUCGAGUUGCUCGGUUUUUGAUAUUAGGAUUGCGAAUAUCCUUAUAGGUUCUUAUGUGAAAGGAGGAGAGAUAGCGAAAGCUGAAGAGCUCAAAGAGAGGAUGAAAAGAAGAGGGUGUAAUCCCAAUGCUAAAACAUGGGAAAUCUUGACGGAUUAUUAUUUGGAGAAAGGGAAUACUGAAACUGCUGUGGGUUGUAUUGGGAAAGGGAUUAUGGCAAGUCGAGGGGAAGGUGGCAAGUGGGUUCCAUCCGGUGAAACAGUCGAAAGGGUGAUGGGGCAAUUUGAGGAAAAGAAGGAUGUGAAUGGGGCAGAAGGGUUUUUGCAGAUUCUGGAAAAGGAAAAUGAGAAGAUGGAGGAGAAGGUUUUCGAGACACUGUUGAGAAUAUAUGCAGGGGCUGGUAAGAAGAACCCUACUUUGCGCAGGAGAAUGAAGAUGGAGAAACUGCAACUAAACGAGGAAGCUAUGAAGCUGCUGGACUCUGUCUGUGUUGAAUGAUCUCGGAAUUCUGCAAAAGAAUGUAUGGAAAAUAAAAGAGAGUUGUCCCUUCAAUUCAUUCCAUUAUAAAUGGUCUAGAUUGUUCACUAGAGAUAUUUGAAGGUUGAUGGGAUUCUCUGAUUUUUAUUCCUCUUGGGGGUACAAUGGUUUAUCAUGUUUAAAAAUUCAAAGGAAUGGUACUAAUUCCUAAGUUCACUUAAUGUAGAUUUUGAUUUAAUGACAUUUUCUUUUUAGAAAACAUAAAUUUUUAGUUAUUUUUAUAAAAUCUUACAUUUCAAUUUCA